AUGACCUCGAAUCUCGACUUCUCCUCAGAGGGUCUGUUGGACCUAAACUUCGACCAACGAGACUCCCGAUAUCCCUUCACGGAAACGAUGGCGUCUCGCGCAACUUGGCCAAUGCCUCUAGAUAUGGCCUCAGGAGCAAGCGAGGAAAGACGCGAAACUUCGCCGGGUCUGAGUACACAUCAGCAGCAAUUCCCACAAACCAGCCAUCACAACUCUCCAACGCUCCUCACAGACUGGCCGAUGCAGCAACAGCAACCUCCUCAGCAGCUUCCGCCCUAUAUCCCAGAGAACUCGCUGGUGGGAACGCAGUUCAAUCCGUUCAGUGGGAACUUUCAGACAUCGCCGCUCGAUUACCAUCUCCCAGCCACCCUGCCUUCGACAACCGGAGCGUUUGAAGCCGGACUCCAGAUGGAGGCACCAUUCAAUGGAUUACCACAGACGAUAGAGCAAGCGGCUAUGUGGGCGAACUGGCAGGAGAUUGAGAGCGCCAUGUAUUCGGCAAACGGGACAGAAGGAAUGAAUAUGGGAGGUCGUCAGAGCCUCGGGAGCAACUCGCCUACGGGGACAUAUCUCGAAGUCCUUUCUCUUCCAAGUUCAAGUAGUGAUAAUGGAUGGACCACUGUAGACACUUUCCACAACAUGGAGGCGUAUCAUCAAGCACAUAAUGCCGCGAUCUUCAACCCGGGCCAGACAUUACAUCUGAGGACCUCCUCGGAUUCAUCACAAUCCGACGGCACCGGACACACGAUAGAAUCAUUCGGUAGUUUCGAAGACAUCGCAUCGUAUCCACCAUUUUCACCAUACUCGCCCGGCUCAGAUGCAUACGUCGAUACCACCAACGUGCAUCGUAAUUGCUAUCACGGAGAAUCUUCGCAUCAGCACAACCACGACAUUGUCAGCCCGGCUGCCGCUGUCGCUCCAGUUCCAAUCAAGAUGUCACCAUCCACCCGCACCACCCCAUCUUCUUCAACAUCAUCACCACCAGCACGAAGAAACUCUGCACCACGUAAGAGUCCAACCGCCAAAGCCACCAAACCUGUCAUUCGCCGAACGUCAAAUGGAAAGAAAGACACCGAGAAGCGUGUCGGUAGACGUCGGGGCCCAUUGUUACCCGAGCAGAGGAAGCAAGCCAGUGAAAUUAGAAAGCUUAGAGCUUGCUUAAGAUGUAAAUUUCUCAAGAAGACCUGUGACAAGGGCGAGCCCUGCACUGGUUGCCAACCUUCUCACGCCAGAUUAUGGCAAGUUCCAUGUACACGUAUCGAUAUUAAGGACAUCGGUUACUUCAUGAAGGAUUGGCGGGCCGACUAUGAACGUCACGUUGGUAGAGGUGUUUCCGUUUACAACAUCAAGGGCUUCGGACCAAAGGAGGAGUUAAUUUGGAUCACUCACGGAUAUGGUUUUGCCAUUCCAAUCAUGGCCCGCGAGGUCUACGUUACAGAUGACAGCUGUUUCCAGGUCGACUGGGUUGAGACUGGUGAUCAUGAUGAACCAUUAGAGUUCGAUACACGCACUGAGAGAAUGUCAGCUGGUUCAGAAGGCAUCUCAACCGAGGCGCUGUCAGAAUAUCUUGAUAAACAUCUUGAUGGGCCUUUCGAAGAGUUUGUUGAUGAAUACUUUGAGGGAACACCAUUCAUCACCGAGAUUCUCAAGACCGCUCAUCGAUACUACAUGAAGGAGAAGGUUUCUGUUGUCCGAAAAGCAUUGAAACUUGUCCUUGCUUACAACUUGACCCUUCAUGUCACCAUGGUUGAGCAACGUGGAGAUGAGCACCCUAUGGAAGGCAUCAUUGAUGACGAGGACUCCAGAUUCAACGGAAAGAUCAUUGCACCUGUCAUGAUCAACUUUCAGAUCAAGUGUGCUCUUGCUGACAUGUGGCGAGAGCUACAAAAGGAGAUCCUCGAAGAGUUAUCGUCUCUCUACUCCAGCGUCUACAGUGGAGACAGACUCAAGAACUGGCCUACCAUCUUCAUGCUUGCCUCCAUCCUCCUCGCCGUCUGGGAAGAGAUGCAAUUCGAUUGCCAUUACCGCGUUCCCGACACCGCUGCUGUCAACAAGUUCUGCAAUGACAUGGAGACUACUCCCGUCGGUGUCAUUGUUGGCUUGUUCCAUGCCAUCUCGCAAAAGCUUCCUUCCUUCACCGAAUGGGAAACCCGCCGACAUGGUCAACUGCUCAACAACAACGUGGCUGUCUGUGAGGCCAUGACCGAAAUGAGAGAGCAUGUCACCAAGCAUGAGGAUUAUCUCAAGACCCGUCCAGAUUCCAAGUUUGACCGAAGAGACUUUGACUCGUUAUCCAACAAGUUCCUUUCCAAACUUGUCAUUCGGGCCAACUAG